AUGCUGCCGGCGCAGCAAAUAACGCCGAUCUCACCAUGGCCACCAGACUCCAACCUCCUGGACAGAAUGGAUGACCUGGCACACAAAGGUCACAGCGGUGUUAACCAGCUCGGCGGCGUGUUUGUAGGAGGGAGACCCCUGCCAGACUCCACCAGACAGAAGAUCGUGGAGCUGGCGCACUCUGGAGCGCGGCCCUGUGACAUCAGCCGGAUACUGCAGGUCUCCAAUGGAUGUGUCUCCAAGAUACUCGGCAGAUAUUACGAAACGGGAUCAAUUCGACCACGUGCUAUCGGGGGCUCAAAGCCCAGGGUUGCCACAGCAGAGGUGGUCAGCAAAAUAGCGCAGUACAAACGCGAGUGCCCCUCGAUUUUCGCCUGGGAAAUCAGGGAUCGCCUGCUCAGCGAAGGAGUCUGUACCUCGGAUAAUAUACCAAGUGUAUCAUCUAUAAACCGAGUGCUCCGCAACCUAGCAGCCCAGAAAGAGAAGUCAAGCAACCAGCAAACAUCAGAGUGCUCGACCCCUGUGUACGAGCGGUUGCGACUCCUGGGGACACCGGGCGCAGCUCCCACCUGGCCCAGAGCUCCAUGGCCAGCACAGAUAGACACCAGGACACCACCGUACCAGCUGCACAGCUUGAGUCCGGGACCCCAGACUAUUGGCUGUAAUGGCGAUAUGGGAAUGAAAAAAGGUGAUGAACCCCUGGAAGGUAUCGAAUGUCUAAAUUCUGAUGAAACGGGAUCUGGAGACAACUCCAACGCUGGCUCAAGCGGUGCUGAUGAAGACGCGGCGAGGCUGCGGCUGAAGAGGAAACUGCAACGGAAUAGAACCAGUUUCACGAACGAGCAAAUCGACAGUUUGGAAAGAGAAUUCGAGAGGACACACUAUCCGGACGUGUUUGCCAGAGAAAGGCUGGCUGCUAAAAUAGGACUGCCAGAGGCCAGAAUACAGGUGUGGUUCUCGAAUCGACGCGCGAAGUGGCGCCGAGAGGAGAAGAUACGGAGUCAGCGCCGCAGUCCGGAGUGCCCGUACUCUGCGCCCGCGCAGGCUCCGGUGUCGAGCCUGGCGCCCGCUCCUGUGGGCCCGCCACAUCCGCAUCACGCCUACCAGCCCGUCAACGUGGAUACUUACAGCCCGCUGACUCCGAUGGGUUAUGGCGCCAGUGGGAUGGUGAACGACGCGUCUGUCUGCGAGGGCUCCGAGGCCGACCUCUGCAAGGGAGGGUUCCUGGGCUACCCAAGAUAUGAUCUUGGCUACCGGCAACCACAUCCCUACGUCAACCACGGCUACCAGCACGAACCUGCUUCUCCGCCAUCAGAGUUGGGCGGUCUUCUGGGGGCGGGAGUGUCCGUUCCCUUAGCAGUUCCCGGACAAGAGUCUCAACAGUACUGGUCCCGUUUGCAGUGACCCUGGUGGAGCUAGACGUGCACGAACAUCCUGGACAACAAACAACACAUAACACCUGUUUCUAAUAUGUUUAUAAUGUCAUGUAUGGUCUUGAGCGGUCAACGGAAUUGAUGCGCUGUUUCUAUUUAUUAUAGAGAUAAAGUAGGCUUUGCACUAUUGGGUGCCGAUUACAAUACCUCAGGGUAAUGUGAUUGUGUUACCACUCAGAUCAUACUGUGUUCUAUUAUUUCCAUUUAUAUACUCCCGCGUAGGGUUACCAUCCGUAGGAUUAAUCCGGACUUUUAGACUAGACCGGGUUUUUAGUUACUCAGCAACCCUCAUUGCGGAAAGUAAUAAAUAUCCUAAAAAGUUUUUGUAUCAUAUUUAAUUUUACCUAUCUGUAAUAAAGCAUACGAUAAAGUAUCUAUAAGGUGACAAUAUUUAUUUUUCUUGUAGCCCCGCCAU